CCUCUCCGUGACGGCAGUGACGUCACUUACUUGCGACCGAGCCGCGCGCCUAUGGCCGCCAGGACGCGGCGCGUGCGGUGGUUGUGUUGAUAGCCUCGUGGUGGUGUCGGUGAUUGUGUCUGAUUGUGUCGGUAGCCCCGUGGUUGUGUUGGUAGCUGUGUCGGUGGUUGUGUCGGUAGCCCCGUGGUUGUGUCUGAUUGUGUCGGUAGCCCCGUGGUUGUGUUGGUAGCUGUGUCGGUGGCUGUGUCGGUAGCCCCGUGGUUGUGUCGGUGGCUGUGUCGGUAGCCCCGUGGUUGUGUCUGAUUGUGUCGGUGGUGGUGUCGGUGGUUGUGUCGGUGGUUGUGUCGGUAGCCCCGUGGUUGUGUCUGAUUGUGUCGGUAGCCCCGUGGUGGUGUCGGUGGUUGUGUUGAUAGCCCCGUGGUUGUGUUGAUAGCCCCGUGGUUGUGUCUGAUUGUGCGCUUGUGAGUGUGCGUCUCUGCUUGUGUUUGUCUCUUGACAGCCACCCGUAAUAUCUUUCGAGCUAUCUCCGUCCGCCGUUUGUAGUCGUCCCUGCGGCUGUGUUAUUAUUGUCCCUCGUCGGUGGUCAUGCUGGAGCCGGUCCCCCCUCAGUGUCGUGACCCCCAGGAGGCCACCACGAGAACGGAGAAGGUUCUGCACCUCCGUUCUCAGCGUGGACACGGAGUGAGAGUCCGCAGGGAGCUUUACCUGCGGCAGGACGUGGCCUGUUCAAGCGCCCUCUGCCUGGCCCAAUGUGACCGCGGGCCCAAGCUGCUGGGUGCUAACCUCACCCAUUACCUGGUACCAGGCUGCACCGUGGUGCAGGAAUUCCUGGAGAUUCUGGAGCUACCCGAGCUGCAGGGCCUCGUGUUCACGCAGACCUCCUGCAAUGCCCUGCAGCACGCCAAGGGCCGCAGGCACUACAACAGACUGAGGAGCUUGCUGAAGGACAUGCGAAAGGAGUGCGUGAUGUUUGCCAACGAGUUCCAGAGGUUUGCCUACUGUGCCCGGGAGCCCGGAGAGACUCCUGAAGCUUGGAAAACAAGAUCCGUCUACCAGGCAGCUGUUUGGUACUACGAUCACCUCGUCGGACAGAUCCCCAUUGUCAUGUUAACAGAAGACCCCGAAGAUGUGCGCCGAUACGGAGCUGCCACGCCUGGCGUUUUUGUGAUGCUUUUCCUGGAUUACUUGCAGAACUUUUGGCCAGACGUCCAGAUGGCACACGAGCUGUAUGCAUCCAUACACCAAAUGCUGCAAGAAAGCAAGAGUCAGGGCUUGUCCAGCAAGCGAGAAUUUCCCGAACACUUGUCCCAGGAAGUGCUGGAGGCCGGCAUCAAGUCCAGCCGCUACAUUAAGGGAAUCCUAAGCGUGAACAAGCACCGGGCUCAGCUGGAGGCGUUUGUACGGUGUCAGGUCAGCGACUCCAAACAGGCAGAGUUGCAAAGCGACGUGCUGGUGCCGGGCGUGAAGGCGCGUAACCGCGCGGUGCACGGGGACAUGGUGGUUGUGGAGCUUCUGCCGCGUGCCGAGUGGCACGGUCGCGCCACAGGGCUGAGUGGGGGCGACGGCACGGACGAGCGUGCCGAGGAGGAGGCGGCACCGAAAACUGAGCCCAUGCCCACCGGGCGGGUGGUGGGCAUUCUGCAGAGGAACUGGAGGGACUACGUGGCCACCUUUCCCUCUGUGGAUGAAAUGAUGGGGCAGAGCGCCAAGUCCCAGAAAGUCCUCGUCGUGCCCUGGGAUUUCCGUGUGCCCAAGAUCCGCAUCAGCACCAACCAGUCACAGGCGCUACAGGACUACCGCGUGGUAGUACGCAUAGAUUCGUGGGAGGCAACGUCCCAGUACCCGAACGGGCACUUUGUGCGCGUGCUGGGCCGCGCCGGAGAGCUCGAGACGGAGGUGGCCGCCCUCCUGGUGGAAAACGCCAUCUCCGUGCUGCCCUUCUCCGAAGCUCAGCUGCGAGAGAUGCCAGUGGACUCGCCAGAGACGCCGUGGCGGAUGGACGGCGAGGAGGUGGCGCGUCGUUGCGACCUGCGCUCCUCGCACCUCAUUUUCAGCGUGGACCCGCCGGGCUGUGAAGAUGUGGACGACGCACUCUCCGUGAAAACAGUCGCUGGGGGGAACCUGGAGCUUGGUGUGCACAUCGCAGACGUCACGCACUUCCUGCGGCCCCACUCGCACACGGAUCUCGAGGCCCGCGCGCGGGCCACCACAUACUACUUGGCUGACCGUCGCUUCGACAUGCUGCCCUCAGUCCUCAGUGGCAACCUGUGCUCGCUGCUGGGCGGCGUCGACAGGUAUGCGGUGAGCGUGCGGUGGGAGCUUGACGGAGACACGUACGAGGUGAAGCGCGUGUGGUACGGCCGCACCGUCAUCCGCUCGUCCUACAAGCUGAGCUACGAGACGGCGCAGGCCCUGCUCGACGGGGGCGCGGCCGCCCAGGGGGUCACCAUCCCCGAGCUCGACGCUUUCGACGACGGAACGCGACAGGAGCGGCUGCGCGAGCUGGUGUGGGCCCUGGGCCGUCUGACGGACGUGGCACGGGCCAUGCGCGCCCGCCGCACAGAGGAGGGAGGCCUGGAGCUGGAGAGCGUGGAGGUGCGCGUGCAGAUGAGCGAGUCGCGCGACUCCAUCGCCGACCUCGUGCCGCAGCAGCCGCUCGAGGUGCACGAGACCGUGGCCGAGUGCAUGAUCGCCGCCAACCAUUGGGUGGCUCGCCGCGUGGCGCAAGCGCUGCCCGGCCGCGCUCUGCUGCGCCAUCACCCGCCUCCGCGCCACGAGUUCUUCGAGGAGCUGAAGGCGUGUGCUGCCGCGAUGGGCUUCCACAUCGACACGAGCUCCAACAAGGCGCUGGCAGAGUCUCUCGACAACGCCGUGGAUCCCAACGACCCGCUCAUUAACAAGAUGCUGCGCUCAAUGGCGGUCCACGCCAUGUCCAACGCACUAUACUUCUCCACUGGCUCCCUGCCCGCCGACCAGCACUACCACUACGGCCUCGCGCUAGACCACUACACGCAUUUCACGUCGCCAAUCCGGCGCUACGCCGACGUGAUGGUUCACCGGCAGCUGCUGGCCGUGCUGGAGGCCAAGGGGGCGCCGGAAACCACACCGCUCAACACCGAGCUGCAGGAGCUGUGCGAGCACAUCAACGAGAGGAACAGGGCUGCCCAGCAGGUUCAGAAGGAGUCCAUUGAGCUCUUCCAGAGCCUGUUUUUCCGCGACAAGGACCCCGAGCAAGAUGAUCGCUGCGUCGAGGACGGCAUCGUUUACUCGCUUCGUGCCGACGGCGUUCUCGUCCAUGUGCCACGAUACGGUUUAAAAGGAGCAGCUUAUCUCAAGAACAAAGAUGGGCUCGUGGUCAGCGUAGGCACGGACGACGUCUGCGAAUUUGUUCCUGGCUGCAUCACGAGGGGGAAGAAUCACAUCACGACACAGCCGAGCGUGGGGCGCAGCCUCACCGUCCGCCUGUUUGACCACCUCAUGGUACGGAUUUACGUGCAGUCACGACGAGCACACGCGGACACAAUCCGGCUGGAGGUGACACGAAUGGUGACACGAAUGGAGCAGCAUCGGCCUCGGGAUAAAAUGUCGGAAGCAGCAUCCGCAUCGACCAACGCUGCUGUGGCAGAAGGGCAGCAGGACAGCAGCAUGCCCAGGAAUGCCCGGGCGGACAUGGUGCGGGAGGUGAGGCAGAGAGCCGAGGAGGGGUCAAAGGUUGUGACACCCAAGACAGGACGUUCCCUUCUCUGGGAGUCCGAGUUCAGCCAGAGCAAAGGAUGCCUCUACGAUAUCCUUGAGGACAUCAGAGAGCUGGCUCUGAUGGAUGCUACCACCGCCUGACAUCCGCCACCAUGGAUAAAAACGUUUUUAGGAAACGUGAAAUUGCUUUCGCUCUCUGUUGAGUGAAAUCGAUAAAAGGGGGGCAAUUUAACAUGAAAGGGUAAAUUGUUAGUAAAAUGUGUACAGUAAUUUAAAACAUUUUUUUGCACAUUUUGUUAUUAAAUUAAGUUUUGUAAUGGCGUGUGAUUUUCAUUAAAAAAUGUACAUUGGU